UUGCGAUCUCAGCGCUUUUAUCAUAGUACAGGCGCUUAUAAUUCAUUUCACGUGAUGAUUAUUACGUCAACUCACUCUCCCUUCUCCGAUGACCUCUGAGUUGCAGACCCUGUUCGAUCCUCAGACCUGCACUCGCAAGGGUCUGUGUCCAGUUACUGACAUAAGGAACAAAGGAGAUCCUCUAGAAAGCCAUUCCUUGUAUUUCGAACAACAUGGUUUUGGUCCAGAAAAGAUCAUCUUCAUCAUGGGAUUAAACAGCAGCUCUUUCGCUUGGCUUCCUCAAGUGAAACACUUUUCUCGUAUACCAAAAUACACUGUGUUGGUAUUUGAUAAUCGAGGGGUCGGUAACAGUACUACUCCAAAAGGACCUUACACUACAACUGGCAUGGCAGAAGAUGCCAUUGCCCUCCUCAAUUAUCUUGGAUUUACCGAACCAAGGUCAAUACACGUCGUAGGCCUAUCGUUAGGUGGGAUGAUAUCCCAAGAGCUUGCUUAUCGAAUUCCGGAGCGCAUGAUAUCUUUAACGCUUGGCGUCACUACUGCAGGCGGUCAUAUUUGGAACAAUCUUCCGCCGUGGAAAGGCUUCAAAGCUUUGCUAAGGAUGACAUUUAUGAAAGAUCCCGCUCAAAAGAUACCCAUCCUACUUGAUCUCCUUUAUACUAGCCCUUGGAUAGACGAAAAGGCAGUAGACGACCCGAGAGGUAGAACUAAUCGAGAAGUCGAAUUCGAAAGCUACGCACGGCGAUUCCAAACCACCCGCCCUCAAACCCUAAUAGGCGCACUUUCCCAAAUGUCUUCAGGGCUCACGCAUCAUGUUUCUGCGGAAAGAUUGCGGCAGAUUUCCAAAUCCAUACCCAAAGUCACUCUAGCUACGGGUGAUCAAGACAACCUCGUCUCUCCUGAUAAUACUAUAUAUCUCAAGACGCAUAUGAAAGAGGCGGAAGUUGUAACAUUUGAAAACACUGGACAUGCUAUUCAUUAUCAAAGGCCACGAGAGUUUAAUGCAAUGUUAGAGCGGGUGUUCGAAGAGGGACGAGAGAAUCUUCAUGAUUUGUGAACGGUCAUAUAAACAUGAAUGAAUGAGGUUGAGAUUAUACUUGAUCUUUAUAUUUAUUGUUUCCAGGAUAUUUGGGUAACCUUUGUUUUUGGUAUAUCGGUGGAGCUAUAAAGAUCUGUGCCUUGGAGGACUGGCGUGAAAAUAUUUAAAAUUGUAUCUCUGUUGCUUUUGUCGUUUUCAG